AUGUCUUCAUCAUCAGACGAGGAUUCAAUAAUUAGUGGGAAACAAGAUGGGCCUUACAUUAUCAUAGAAUUUACUAAACGUGGUCCAAAAAGUAGUAAACCGGUUGAUAUUGUGUUAAAUAAGUGGAUAAGAUUUGAUAAUAAAAAGAAAAGAUUUAUCACGAAAUUUAUGCCUGGGCCAUACAAUGAUGAAGAUGCAGGUUUGCUCAAAGAUUUAUUAAUCAAUAACGCUGAUGCUCCUGAAGGGUGGCCUGAAUAUAAUUGCUACGUACGAGGCGAGUCCGAUUCGUACGAUGAAGCUCUCAUUAAAAUAGAUAUUUUGAAUGAGAAAGAAAACGCUUUUUCAUCUGACUCUAAUGUAGAUUCACAAACGAAAGCACUAACAUUCGAACAUCGUUUAAAAAAACAAAUGCUUCAACAGAAAAUGGAUAGCGUAGAAACCAAAAUAAUUGGGCAACAAUCUAUAUCAAAUGUUGUUGGAUUGAACGCCAGUAAAAAAAACGUAAAACCUCAAAUGAAACGAACUGCAUCAAAUGACCCCAGUGAAAAUGGUGGCAACAAUAAUUAUAAUGAUGUUCAAUCUCCUAAAAAAUUAAAAAUUACCCCGGUUGCAGUUGAUUCAAACUUGAAUAAUUCGGCUGUCCCAAUGGAAAUUAAUGAUACGAAAUUUCAUAUGAUCUUGAUGAGACUGGAUAGAUUAGAAAGUAUGAUGAAAGUCAUGAGCGAAAAAAUUAUACAAAUAGAUACACGUAUUCAAUGCCAGGGUGAUAACGUAUCUACAGAAAUAAAGCGAAAUAAUUUUGCCACAAAAUAUAAUAUUGAAUUGCCGUGCAAAAUAUCUGAUGAUUUAAAAAAAUUAGAAGCAGCAUUACAAAUAAAUGACUGUGCAGAAGAACUGGAAAACCUCUUAAAAAGUUGUGUCAAGCGUUUAACAUCAAUUACAAGAACAACUGCGCAUCUUUUGAAGCUUUUAGUAAGUCGGGAUAUGGCAUUAACCUUUACGGCCCAAAAAGAAGUGAAAAAUAAAAUUGUCAUAAAAAAUAUGAAUUUCACGAAAGUUUUAAAAUCUACUUUAAUUGCAACUACCGCCAUAGUCUCCGAUAAUGAAGCACUAGUAGCGAUUGGAUCAGCCUUGGGCAAUGCCAAAGAUUGGGACAAUAACCGUAAAACAAGAUAA